GUCAUGGACGAAGACCUCAUUGUCGUUGACGACUUUGAGCCCCAGAAACCGCUUACUAAUGGCAACCACACUCACCCUGUUGCCUCAACUUCGACUCCGACAACGACGAGCACCCGACCCCAACGUGCCGCCGCUCGUCGACGAGGCUCUCCUAGCUAUGACCCCGACUUCGUCUCCACGGAACGUACAACCCGCUCUCACACCAAAAGUCGCUUCGCACCAAAGCUCAAACUGAAGCUGAGCGACAAAGCCGCUGCCAAUGCUCCUGGUGUCAGCUUUCUUGGUCCGUAUGAUAGGGAACUCGACUCGGACGAUGAAGAGCUUUCAUUCGAGGAGCAGUUCAUCCUUAGGAUGCCGGAGGGAGAAGACUGUGAGAGGUUGAAGAAGGCGGUGGCUAGUAGGGAGGUUGGACCGGACGUGUGGUUCAAAUUCAAAGACUCUCGAAGAGCUGUUUUCCACAUAGGAAAUCACAUAUACUCCUCUAAACUCGUCGACCUGCCAUGCAUCAUCGAGUCACAGAAGACGCUCGACAAUAAGCAGAUGUUCAAGGUCGCAGACAUAUGUCAGAUGUUGCUGGUUGAAGAUAAGAUCCCAAACGAGGAUGCGCUAGGGAGCAACAAAACAUUCAAUAUUGACGACUUCAUCUGGCCACACGGUAUCUCACCACCCCUCCACCAUGUCCGCAAACGUCGUUUUCGGAAGCGUAUCAACAAGCGGACUAUCGAGAGCGUCGAGCAAGAAGUCGAACGAUUGCUGGAGGAAGAUUCUAUGGCUGACGAGGUCAAGUUCGACGUCCUCGAUAACGUCAAUCCCGACCUUUCAGACUCCGAAUACCUUGAGCGGGAGGAUGAACCUCUCGACCCUCAAACACCCGGUGGCCUCGCUUCUGAGCUCGGUGACGCUCCCACACCUGCUGCAGGCGCAUUAGAGAAACAUAGCGAUGACGAGGAGCUAGACGAGGAUGACGAAGGAGACGGUGACAUCGAUGAGGAGCUCGCAGCCGAACUUGAUCUCGCGCUCAAUGACGAGCAGGGGGAUGAAGAAGAGGACGAAGAAGAUGAGGAGAGUGAAGAUGAAGACGAGGAUGAUGAGGACGAGGACGAGGAUGACGAGAUCACACAGGCUCGUCAGCUCUUGAAUGAAGAGAUCGGAGACUUGGAGAAGGCGGUUCAGAAGAAGGAGCACGAGGUGGCUAGUGCGGGCAACCCGCUGAUCAGGAGGAGGUUCGAGGAUAUGUUGAAGAAGUUGAGUGCGGACCUGGAAAUGAAGAGAGCGCAGAGGGACGAGAUGAGGGAAAAGGCGAGGAGGAAAAAGCUGGGACUUCCGGAAGAUGAUGGGGCUGGAGAUGAUUCAGGCGGGGAAGGAGCGGGUGAGGGUGACGAUGACGGUGAGGAGGGCGGUCACGGCGACAUGGAGUUGGCCAUGGAGCUUGCCAUGGCGAUGAGUGGACCCCCUGGACCACUCGGCAUCCCUCAGCAAGGACCACCCGAUAUGAUUGAUGAGGAUAUGGAUCUGUUUGGUGGUGAUGGUGAAGAUGACGGUAUGGAUGUUGCUGCAGGGUAG